CCGACCGUCAAACACCACGAACGCGGAAGCAUGAACGGGUAGAAUGCGGUCGCGGGGUGCUCUAGCACCUACAAAUAAUAGUAAUAAGAAUAACAAUAAUAAUAAUAAUUAGUAGAAGUUAUGGAGGCAACCAGUUCGACGCCUAGCCCCACUGGAAAUGCGGAUUCCACGUUUACCAGCGUAAAACAAGAACUGAGCAACUCAAAUCCGGGCAGUCCAUUAGAGGCAUCGAGUCCUGGUUCAAUAGCACUAAGAAAUAAUAAAGGAUACGACACUGUCGACUUGUACCUCUCUUCACAUCAUGUGCUUCUGCUUCUGCAUUCUUUAUUUUUUGCUGCUCGCGGAAAAUUACCAUCGGAAUCUGAUGUGACAACGUUUACAAAUAAUGGCAAUUCAAUAAUAACGCGACCGCAGACAGGACGAGUGGUAGUCGAUGAAACUACUUUGAAGUGUAUUAAUCAAAUAGAAUGA